AUGGCCUCCGACGAACUGGCCCUCAAACUGCAGUCCCGCCUGGCCUCCACCUCCCCGGGGGACUCUCCACAGCACCAGCCCACCCCCGUGGACUCCCCGAACCAGGGGGCUAGCGGCGGGGAGGAAGAAUGCGAGCUGACCGCCAAACUCAACCGGAGACUGGACAUCAAUGACGGCACCGCGGCUCCCCGUCUCAGCCGCGUUUUCAACCCCUACACCGAGUUUAAGGAGUUUUCCCGCAAACAGAUCAAAGACAUGGAAGCGAUGUUUAAGCGAUACGACACGGGCAGAGACGGCUUCAUAGAUCUGAUGGAGCUGAAGUUGAUGAUGGAGAAACUGGGAGCGCCACAGACUCACCUCGGACUCAAAAACAUGAUCAAAGAAGUGGACGAGGACUUUGACGGCAAACUCAGCUUCAGAGAGUUCCUGCUGAUCUUCCGUCGGGCGGCGGCCGGAGAGCUGCAGGAGGAGAGCGGCCUCAUGGCUCUGGCUCGACUCUCGGAGAUCAACGUCUCCACAGAGGGCGUCAUGGGGGCCAAGGACUUCUUCGAGGCCAAGGCCCAGGCUCUCUCUCAGGGCAGCAAGUUCGAAGCCGAGAUCCGGGAAGAAAAGGAAGAACGCAAGAGACAAGAGGAGGACAAGAAACAGCGCAGAGCAGCUUUCAAGCAGCUCCAGUCCGCCUUCUGCUCCUGA